AUGAAUUCAUCAUCAUCAUCCUCCGGCUACAGACAAACCCAGUCUCCCAGCUCUACUCUCACCAAAUCACCUGGCUCAACAUUUGAACGGAAAACCUAUGUCACCCGCCAUGCAACAUAUGAAGGGAGCUCCAGUGCUAACUCUUCUCCCGAGUUCCCCAGGAAAGAGUUUGCAUCUGCCUCCACAAGAGGGCGAAGCCAAAGUCGAGAAAGUGAAAUACGAGUCCGACUGCAGAGCGCGUCACCCUCUGGCAGAUGGACAGAGCUGGAUGAUGUGAAACGUUUGUUGAAAGGAAGUCGAUCAGCAAGCUGCAGCCCUACUCGAUCACCGUCAAGUACUCUCCCAAUACCAAAAAAAGCUGUGGUGGAGACAAAAAUGGUUACGGAGAGCUCUCAAUCAGUGUCAGGGACAUAUGAUACAACUAUACUGAAUACUGCUCUCCCUUCAUAUAUGUGGUCCUCUACUCUGCCUGCCGGGUCUUCCCUUGGUGGAUACCACAACAGCACGGCCCAGAGCUCUUCUUUGAUCAACGCUAUGUCUCACUCUACAGGAUCAGUCUUUGGUGUUCCAAAUAACUUGGCUCCCAGCAAUCCCACUCUGAACACGGGCCUGAGCACUUCCUCAACAGUGUUUGGUGUUCAAAACAACCUAUCUCCAAGCUCUGCAACUCUGGCCCAAAAUGCCACUGCAGCCUCCACAGCAUAUGGGCUGAAGAACACUUCCCAGAGCAACACCAUGGCUAGUACUGGCGUGUCUGCCUCAGCAGGAGGAACUGUUUUGAGCUCCCAGGGAGAUGACAUCCUGCACAAAGACUGCAAGUUCCUGCUGCUUGAGAAGGAGAAUGUCCCAGCCAAGAAGGAGAUGGAGCUCUUGAUCAUGACAAAGGACAGUGGCAAGGUCUUUAGUGCCUCUACCACUGGGCUCAAUGGAGGAUCCUUUGUAGAAGACACCUUGAAGAAAGAGAAGCAGGGAUUUUCCUCCUCUUAUGGUGCAGAUGCUGGCCUAAAAUCAGAAGCAAAUGGAGGACUAAAAUCUGUGCCAACAAGGGACAAAGCAACUUAUGCAGAAAUACAUGGUGGUGAUGCAGGGGGUGCAGUGGGAUCAGCACCAUCCUGGUGCCCCUGUGGUUCCUGCUGUAGCUGGUGGAAAUGGCUCCUGGGUUUGCUUCUGGCCUGGUUGCUUCUUCUUGGAUUGCUCUUUGGACUCAUUGCUCUGGCGGAAGAAGUGAGACAGCUGAGAUCUCGUGUGAACGACCUGGAAAGAAUCAAUGACAGCUACCUGACAGUUAACCCAGCAAGUGCGAAUAUAGACAAGGAAGUUUCAAAAGCAGAAUUUGUUCGUGGCAUGCCACCCUCUUCAGCCUUCUCUUAUGGAGAUGAAGAGUCAGUUUGGCUGAUGGUGAAGAGCAGACUGAACAAGGAAAUAGAACGAGGCUACUUCCGAGGAGAGAGAGGAGAACCUGGUCUGAAAGGUGACAUGGGAAUGCAAGGGCUCAAAGGAGAGCGAGGGCUUCCUGGAGUCCCAGGCAUUCCUGGUCCAAUUGGACACCAAGGACCAGAAGGACCAAAAGGACAGAAAGGCAGCAUGGGUGAUCCUGGCAUGGAAGGUCCCAUGGGACAGAGAGGUCGAGAAGGGCUACCAGGGCCUCGAGGAGAACCUGGACCACCUGGAUUUGGAGAAAAAGGAGACAGAGGUGUUGUUGGUGAGCCAGGUCCUCCAGGGCCACCUGGUCCCCCUGGUUCUGCUGGCCUUAAAGGUCUAAUGGGUUCUCCAGGCCCGCAGGGUCCUCCAGGUCCUCCUGGCCUACAAGGAUUUAGAGGAGAAGCAGGUCUUCCAGGUGCUAAAGGUGAGAAAGGAGCUGCUGGAGCCCCUGGACCAAAAGGUGAUCAGGGUGAGAAAGGUGCUCGCGGAAUGACAGGUGAACAAGGCUUAAGAGGAAUGCCUGGUGUUCCGGGAGAGCCAGGGGCUAAGGGAUCAGUAGGACCAGCUGGCCGUGAUGGGCAGCCAGGUGAAAGAGGUGAGCCAGGUCUUAUGGGAAUGCCAGGAGCCCGAGGCCCACCAGGACCCACCGGAGAUGCAGGACAGCCAGGUCUCACAGGACCCCAAGGACCCCCAGGGCUUCCAGGCAACCCAGGCCGACCAGGGGCUAAAGGAGAACCUGGAGCUCCAGGCAAAGUUAUAAGUGCUGAGGGUUCAUCAACUAUUGCUCUGCCAGGCCCACCAGGUCCCCCAGGCCCACCAGGUCCCCCAGGCCCACCAGGUGUUCCAGGUCCUGUUGGGCCAGCUGGUCUCCCUGGACAGCAAGGUCCACGGGGUGAGAAGGGAUCCGCAGGUGAAGCUGUGAUAGAAACCAUCAAAACAGAAGUCUCAUCGUUAACGUCUCAGAUGCUGGCAGAUUUACAAGGGCGAGCAGGACCACCAGGUCCCCCUGGACCUCCAGGUGAAUCUGUGCAGGGACCCCCUGGACCUCGUGGCCCCCCAGGAGAAGGAUUGCCAGGACCUCCAGGCCCACCAGGGAGACCAGGAUCUUUCACGCCAACCUCAGAAACAUUCUUCACAGGCCCACCAGGCCCACCAGGCCCAAAGGGAGACCAAGGCGAACCAGGCCCACGAGGAUUCACAGGUGAACCCGGUGAGCCUGGCCUCCCAGGAAUCUCCUCACACGAUGGCAGAGUGACCAUGCAGGGACCUCCAGGAGUUCCAGGCCCACCAGGCCCUCCAGGACCCAAAGGUGAUGCAGGUGUCCCAGGUGCUCCUGGCAUCCCAGGAGCAUCGCGAGGUGGAUCCAGACAAAUUCAGGGACCCCCAGGACCUCCCGGGCCACCUGGUCCUCCUGGCCCAGGUGGAAGCUCAUCUCAAGAGAUUCAGCAGUAUGUCACUGACUUCCUGAAGAGUGACAAUGUAAGGCAUUAUUUGACUGGUGCCCAAGGCCCACCAGGCCCACCCGGCCCACCUGGAGUCAUCACUAUGGCAGAUGGAAAGAAUUUGGACUAUGCGGAGCUGGCUGCCCGUGUUAUGAGCUACAUGACAGGCUCUUCAAGUCGUUAUCAUUCAUUUGACAGUUCGAUAUCAACUACAUCCGUUUUGUACCAAGAACUUUUGGACAUGCUGCAGAGUUCUGGGAUGAACAUUGGGCUCCCCGGACCACCAGGGCCUCCAGGGACACCUGGCAUAUCUUACAGUGACCUAACAGCAUACCUGCGGAACUCUGAAUUCAGUGGCCUUGUUGGUCCCCCUGGACCUGUAGGGCCCCAGGGACCCCCAGGGAUCCCUGGAUCACCCGGCACCUCUCUGGAAGACCUCUCUGCUUACCUGCAAAGUGUGGGCUACUCCUCCCUCUCUGGAAUCCAGGGCCCACCUGGCCCUCCUGGCCCUCCAGGACCACCAGGCUUCUCGGGAACCGGACUCCUGUCCUAUGCUGACAUCACUCACAGUGACGAGUUCAGGAGCGAGCUGAUCCAGUACCUGAAGAGUGAUGAAGUUCGAAGCUACAUCUCGGGGCCACCUGGGCCCCCUGGGCCACGGGGACCACCAGGACCAAAAGGAGAUAGUGGUUUGGUGGCAGGGUCCCUGGCUGCAUCAUACCAAGAGUCACUGGCUUCUGAGAAGGCACAUGGAGGAUCCCUUGGUGCUGGGGGAUCCAGUGGGGGAUUGCUGGGCACAGGCAGCUCGUACAGCAGCUCCAUGAGCAGAAUGUCAUCUUACAGCGCCUCCUCCACUGGCAGCGAGGGCUCAUAUGGUUCCUCCAUGGGCGGCGAGGGCUCUUACAGCACCUCCAGGGGCAGUGAUGGGUCUUUCGAUGGGCUGCUGGCAGGAGAAGAGGCGCACAGGAGAUCGGUGGGCUCAAGCAGCGCCUACAGUGACUCCUUCACCGGAUCCCUGGAUUACAAUGAGCUGGCACUCCGUGUGUCGGAGAGCCUACAGAGCCGAGGUAUCCUUCAAGAUCUGAUGUCUUACAAUGCACAGGGACCCCCAGGUCCCCCAGGCCCUCCUGGUCCCCCUGGAAUCAGCAGAGUUUUUGCAUCCUACGGCAAUGUAACCGAGGACCUCAUGGACUUCUUCAGAACAUAUGGUACCAUCCAGGGGCCACCUGGUGAGAAGGGGGAGAGGGGUUAUCCUGGACCCAAAGGUGACCCUGGACCAAUGGGCCCUCCAGGACGCCAAGGGCACGGGGACCAAAAGGAGAGAAAGGAGAGAAAGGUGAGCAAGUGUAUGUUGGCAGAAGAAGAAAAAGAAGAAGUGUGGGUGUCUAAGGACAGAGCCAGCUCAGUUUUUCACUGGGCAGCGUUCCUGACAGCCGGUACAGAAUUAGCCUGA